AGCAUAUUUCCUUCACUCUGGGAACCCUCCAUCUUGCCACUUGUAUAUUGUUUUCCAUGGAAAUCCUUGUCAAGCACCUCCCUUCAGAAAUGGCAUAAGUAGCACUGACAACAAUGGAAUGUUGUCCUACUCUCUUACUUUUUUCCUCAUCCUGCAGAACAGUCCUCUUCACCACAUUACUGCUUUUUUAAUUCAGAAAAGGGAUGUGCACAGUCAAAAGGUCUCCUCAUGA